AUGUGUUGUACAGUACCCUCGGAGUGCUUUGUGUUUCUACUGGUGAUGUGCUCCCUCAAUAAGCUGCUUGUGGCUGAAAGUUCAGAGGAAGACCAUCAGGAACUUUUGAACCAUUACGGAGAACAUCCGCCGGCAAUCACCAAGGCCCAGUUCAGAUGCUUCCAGCGGAUGGUGAGAGGAGACGAUCAAUGCAAAACUCAAAGAACUGGACCAAAAUGUAACAUGACAUGGGACGGCUGGUUGUGCUGGGAUGAGACUGAAGCAGGACUCAUUACAGAACAACACUGCCCUGACUAUUAUAAGGACUUGGACCCUUAUGCGCUAGCAUCAAAAGUCUGUACGGAAUCAGGCAAGUGGUGGCGUCACCCAGACAGCAAUCGGACAUGGACCAACUUUACCAAAUGCCAUGCCAACACAACUCAUCAUGGCACGGUCGUGAUGACUCACUUCUACCUGGUCAUGAUUGGUCAAGGGCUGUCACUAGUCUCAUUGAUUAUAUCACUAGGAAUCUUCUUCUAUUUUAAGAGUCUGAGCUGCCAGAGGAUCACGUUGCACAAGAACCUCUUUGUGUCGUUUGUUCUGAACUCAGUCAUCACUGUAAUGUGGCUGACAAAAGUGGCCAAGGAACAAGGGCACGCUUCCAACGACUCAGUGAGUUGCAAGCUGCUCGCGUUCAUCCACCUCUACCUGUUUAGCUGCAACUACUUCUGGAUGUUGUGUGAGGGCAUCUACCUGCACACUCUCAUUGUGGUGGCCGUGUUUGCAGAGAAGCAGCAUCUCAUGUGGUAUUAUCUGCUCGGCUGGGGUUUCCCGUUGGUGCCAGCAGUGUUACAUUCCAUUGCACGCCACUGCUACUAUAAUGACAAAUGCUGGGUCAGCUCAGAUACAUCACUACUUUAUAUCAUUCACGGUCCCAUCUGUGCUGCAUUGGUGGUGAACCUCUUUUUCCUUCUGAACAUUGUGCGGGUUCUCAUUACUAAGCUGAGAGUUACCCACCAGGCCGAGUCCAGCCUCUACAUGCGGACUGUUAGGGCUACACUCAUCCUCAUUCCACUGCUCGGGAUUCAAUUUGUGCUCCUGCCCUACAAGCCUCAGGAGCAAUGGGUCUAUGAAAUCUAUCUCUACGUCAUGGAGAUCCUCAUCCACUAUCAGGGUCUCCUUGUGUCCACCAUAUUCUGCUUCUUUAAUGGGGAGGUUCAGAGCGUUUUGCGGAGACACUGGAAUCAGCAGCGGAUGCAGUUUGCUGGCACUUUUGCGAAUGCCGACCUCUUCCGCUCGGCCUCCUACGUGGCGUCGUCACUCACCGAAGUCCACCGCUGCUACAGCAUCGAGAGCACAGAGCACAACAACGGCAAAAGCUAUUCAGACAUAUUCCGAUCUGACAGCCCAUUUGUUUGA